AAAGGAAAUCUCAUUGACUUUAAUAAGCCUUGAGCAAACCUUAAUAAGAUCAGGUCUAGACAAAAAUGUGGUUCAAACCAAAAUCGUACUGUGUUGUUUUUGAUCCACUAGAUGGUUCCUCUAACAUUGACUGUGGAGUUUCAAUUGGAACGAUUUUUGGGAUUUACAUGUUGAAAGAUAGCCACCAGCCAACUCUAGAUGAUGUGCUGCAACCUGGGAAGAAUAUGUUGGCAGCUGGCUAUUGCAUGUAUGGAAGCUCUUGCACGCUUGUGUUGAGCACUGGAAGUGGAGUUCAUGGUUUCACCCUUGACCCAUCUCUUGGAGAGUUCAUUCUGACUCAUCCAGGCAUUAAGAUUCCAAAGAAAGGAAAGAUCUAUUCCGUAAAUGAAGGAAAUGCUAAGAACUGGGAUGGUCCAACUGCCAAGUAUGUGGAAAAUUGCAAGUUCCCCAAAGAUGGUUCCUCGCCGAAUUCUUUGAGAUACAUUGGAAGAUAUUAUUCAUUCUCUACCUGGCAGCUGUGAAAUUGAAAUGUAACUUGGUUGCUAUCUAGUAGUGACAAUUUCCUUCACCUUAUCUGCACUCAUUUUAUUAGUAUACUAAAAGUAGCACAAAACUCUCAAUUGGUGAUGACAUAGAAUGAUUAACAGUGACCAUUAUUUCACUGCAAGCUUCAAUAUCCUGCAUGAAUAAUAUGAUUUUUGAACU